UUGGGUGCUCGCUAUGACAAUUUUAUAAAAUCCGGCGGUGGUCUCUGGACCUCUGGUAGCAUUGCAUGUCGCGCUCAAGACACCAUGACGACAUCCGCCACGUUACCCUCCACGACAGGACCGGUACAUGCUGGCGGCUUCUCUACAAUUUCCGAAGACACCGCUGUCGACGAUCCCGUCUUCGAGACACCGCGACCUAUGAAACGAUGCUUAAUUGCCCCGCUCACAGACUCCUGCAAAAAGCGCCGGAAACAGGCUACUCCGGUUCGUAUAUCAGCUGCUGAUUCAGAUUUAGUUCCUCCAGAAGGUAAGCUGUCCAUUGCAUCUCCUGAACCCGAAUUGCAGUGUCCCUUGUGCCAAGUCACCUUUAACGCAGCCGAUCGAUUACAAAACCACAUAACCACCGAACAUGCGAAUGUUCACUGUAAAAAGGAACCAGAAGACGCUCCAUCAGCUCCCAAUUACGAAAGAUGCGAAACUCCCAUCGAGAUGCCUGCUUCCAGAAGCGAAUUACCCUGGAUAAACGAUUUACAAAACAAAGAAUGGAUCAAUCCCAGCCUGCACGGAGUGCAAUUUUCACCGGCCACCUCUUUAUUUAUGUCCCUCCCGCCGUUUACACAGCCCGAUAACAUUCCGACAAGACAACCUGUUAGAAUUUUCAACCCAGACGCGUACUGUGACUUGUGUAAUAAAGAAUUUUGCAAUAAGUACUUUUUAAAAACUCAUAAAGCUAAUAAACACGGAAUUUACUCGGAUCCACCGGUUAACGAAACUUUAGGCACAACAGUUAGUAUUCCUUCGUACGCGUCAAAUAUCAAAGUACCGGUCUCCUCUAAUUCAAAUAAUACUGAAAUUGCGUCCACAAAAACCGAUCCGAAAUCACAAAUUAACCCAUUUAGCGAACUCUUUCCAAGUAACCCCACCUUAUUCACCAAUAAGUUAUUUCCGAAAAUUUCGAAGCCUAUGUUCGAUUCUGAAGUAUCUGAAAAUGCCACGACACCCGACUUUAAUACGUCAGCUGCUUCAUUAUGUAACGGCCAGACCGAGCGUACCACUAUUACCGAAGAAACAAUGGCCGAAGAGACCUCUAGUCCUAAACCAGUACAACACGAUAGUGCAUUGUUAAAAACCGAAUUUAACUUUGAAGAGGGCACAUAUUUUACAUCGCCAAGUAAAAUGUCACCAGGUCAACAGUCACGGGAAAUUGAUUUAAAUCGUCUUAGAAGAAUAGGCGUCAUGAAUCCGAAAGCCUUUUGCGAGAUAUGCUGUAAGGAGUACUGCAACAAAUAUUUUUUGCGAACGCACAAAAUGAAACGGCACGGAAUCUAUAUACCCGAAGACAGUAAAGAUGGCAAAGAAAUGAAAAUGGAGUCAACUUGGUCGCAUAAUAUGCAAACCAGUCCCUUAAAUCUAAUUAUGGCCGAACAAACUAAUUCAAAUACUUCCGAGCGUAAGACAAGCUCUCCGGCGGAUAUUUCGUGUGAUACGUGCGGUAUUAAAUUUCAAAAUGCCAGUUUGGCUCAACUUCACAACGUGAGCGUUCACUCUCGUUUACCACAAAGUAAUCAUGACACCCCCGAAAUUUUUCCAGAAGAUGUAACAAGAUGUGCGCCGGAGUUCCAAAGUACGGGAGAUAAAAAUAUUAAUUCAGCAGACGCCAUUAGUGAAGAUUUACAGAAGUUGCAAACGAUGAUAUUGCAACUAAAUGAUAUAGACGUAAAUAGGACGGCGAGUACUUGUAAUGUGUGUAGCAAGGAAUUGGAGAAUCGAUACUACUUGCAUGCACAUAUGAUGGCUGAACACGGUCUAUUGGUGGAAGAUGGUGCGGACGCGGAGAAAAAUGUCGAAGACGAAAAUAUUGCCAACAACAACUCUUCGUGUGAUUUAUGCAGUAAAGAAAUACAAAGUGUGGAUGAUAUGAAAAAACAUUUACUCGAAUUUCAUCCCAAUCAUCAGCAUCUGAGCGACAUAAAAGAAGAAUCGUUUAUAAACGCGGAGAAAGGUCCAAUUAGAGGUAACUCGGUCUCCGGAUCAUUUUCUGAUCGGAGAAGUUCAAUGAGUCUUACGCCCAGUAGCAGUUACUGUGAGAUUUGCAACAAAGAGCUUUGCAACAAAUACUUCAUGAAAACCCACAUGCAAAGGAUGCACGGAAUUGAAAUUGAAAAUGGUGCUCAAAUUGGAGGAGUUAUAUGCGACAUAUGUAACAAGGAACUUUGCAGUAAGUACUUUCUUCGCGUGCACAAGCAUAACACGCAUGGUAUCGUCGAAUACGGCUCCAGUCUUCUACAACCUCGAAAAACGGAUCCGGAAACUGCCCCAUUGCUUCCAUCUGAACAAGAUUCUGCUUUAAAACCGGGAGACCUCGCCGACCUUAGCCAUCGUUACUUUACACAUUUUACUGAGGUUUGCACAAUAUGCAGUCGUCGUUUUCGAAGCACAAAAUGGCUAAAGGCGCAUUUGUUAAGUGACCACGGUCAAACGGGAGCAGAAAAGUGGGCAGAAUUGGAGCAGCAGCUGCAACAAUCGCUUGGUCAGAAUUCGAAGUCAACAAGUGUGAAAACUCCACAAAGUGAUCGCGCCAGUCCAACAUUAAAAAUACCGAACGGUAAUCAAGACAGUACGCCAAAGGUGGGGCUACAGAACGUUUUAUCGACAAUUUUUGGUACGGAUGAAACAACACCUAAAAAUUACCAUUGUUCUUACUGUCCAUUUUCUACGCCCGUUCUUCCUUUUCUAUUUGUGCACGAGCGAUCGCAUUCUCUGCAGCAGAGUGAAGGAGACACCGCUUCGCCUAAAUGUCCAGUUUGUACUCAAAACUUUGCACAAACAGAAAUGUUGCAGCACCAUUUGUUCACUCAGCAUCCCUUUUUUCCGUUGCCACCAUUUUUCAACGGUAAUUCCGAAUCGCAUCCCGAAAAUCAGACACCGAAGGAUAGUUUCGAUUGCCUUGAAGAAGAUUCGAAAACAGACGAAGCGGAAGUCUCACCAAACGAAUCCACGAAGCAGUUGUGCAGCAAAAGCAAAAAAGUGAAACGAAAAAUCAAUCGCUUGGAACUGUCACCGGAGGUGAGUCAAUCGCUAAAGGACGUAGCGAAGAGGUCUCAAUUACCUGCGACUUAUGCACUACCUCAACUUGGAGAGCAAACAGGCACACCGGGAUACGUAAUGCAGGCAUUUCUCUUAGAUGAAUCGGCGGUCGAGCGUAGGUUUGUACCGUCCGUAGUUUUUCUGCCGGUUUUACAAAAGCAAUCGGCCCCAGUAACCGUGACUUUCACCCUUACCCCAGCUUAAAACAGUUUCCUACAAGUAGUUUGCGUAGAUGUGACAUAUUUUUUUAAGAAACGAGAGACGGCGAUAGCAACACCUGUGAUUUUUAUUUUAAUUUAACUUAUAUUGUAUAAUCUAAAAGUAUAUAAUAUAUAUAAGCGUAUUCCUAUAUUUGCAAAUUACCUCGUAUAUUACGAGGGUCAUAUGAACACAUAUUUUUAUGCAAAUACCGGAAAGACUGAGUGAAAUUUUAUAUAGUCUGUUAAUUUUCACUUUAAAAUAUCGAGAUACUGAUGUUUUGUACGAUAGAAUGCUUUAGGUGAUGUUUAUGAAGUUCCUAUUUUAUCUCUCGAUAUACCUAUUUGUUCACAAACUGUAUUCAGUUAGAUAGAUGUAGCUUGCUCAAGUCAGUUAGCGUUCUGCAUGCCCAGUCCACGCAACUCAGGGUUAGCUGAAACGAGUACAAUCACACCUCAUCGCGGCUUUUGGUCGCUUUCCUGUCUCGAGUUCCUGACUAGUAGUAGGGUCUAUCAUAUGGUACUCAGUCAAUGCGAGAGACGGCGGCCAGGGGGUAACCGCGGCGGCGGUCGUCGGGCCGCUAAACCGGCAGACGAUCGCCGCCGCGAGCUGUUUUUGAGACGGCCAUAGAUGAGGCCUUCCCCUGUACCGCCGUCUUCAUCUUCAGGGACACUAUCAGUCAUCAUAUGCGGCACUAAUCCGUUCCUCCAGUUCAGUUCCUUGGACGAGCGUCUUCCACGCUCUUAUCUAGUCACAAUCUAGUCGGCUGGUAUGCCAGCAAAAAGUAUCGGUAUGUAACAUAUUGUUUAAAAAUUGUUGUAUAGUACAAACUGACUACCUUUGCUAAUUACUAGUUAUAAUACUACGCUGUGUGCCUUCAGUAAUUGCAAAUUGACCUGCUAUUUCAUAAUGUAACAGCCUGGGUGCUAUGAAUUAUUAUAUCUAUGUUUAACAUUAUAAAAUAAUAAUGUACAAAUUUUGAAACAGAAUUGCUGCAAUGCUAACAGCCGGUGUCUGGUAUUCAAAUUAUUGCUGUAAAAGCGGGUCUCUUUUGUGUCGCUUUUAUACGUCGGGGGAUAUUUUUAAGUUUUUGUUAAAUGCAAAUUGUUUCGCUUUCUUUAUAAUUUUUUCUACUAUUGUUAGUGCGAUCCCCGUUUCCUAAAUUCUGUAAACAGCUGCCUUAGCGCGUGCCCCUACGCCCUUCCCCUGCUUUCUAGCCUUCACGCUAGUUACCAAAACACCCUAAAAUUUUACUUUUUACUAAAUGUAUGCAUCUGUUCAAUUGCAAUAUUGAUUAAGCACCCCUUAAUCCAAAUACGUGCAAAUAUCUUAAUACUUUCUGUAUCUUUUGACGUUUAUUUCGCGUGUUAUUAUGAAUCUCCAUAAAGCGUGAUCCACAUAUCAAAUUACGAAAAUUCAGUAUUCACCCCAAUUCUAAAAAUUAUUGCAACGGGCACAAAAUCAAUUGCAUUAUCGUUUCGAUGGGCAGUAAAAAUUUGAAUACGAACAGGCGGCAUCAAACAAACGUGCUACUUGUAUAACAAUACAUGCAUAAUUUAUGUGCAGCGAAUUUGCCAUAGAAAUGAAUGUGAGCCUUGGCAAAACACAAAAAGAAGUAUCGCGUGGUCGUUUUCCCAGUAUAGGGUAAUCGAACUCGUACGUACAUAUAGGCCUCACAACUUUUAUUGUAGGAUAAAUGAGCAUAAAAUCAAAAUUUGCGAAUCUUACCUUGCGACGUCCGUCUGUUAAUUAUAAGUUGUUAGUAGCGUAAUGUUCCAGGACUCUCAGGGUAGGAAACGCGACAGUCGUUUACGUUAAGUGUUGAUACGGGUUUUACAUUGCGUUUAAUUAGACUAUACUUAGGUGUUAUACACUUGGUGUUAUAAAAUUAUAUUUCCCUCAGUUUUCCUUAAUUUUUAAGCGUGUGUAAAUAUAUACCCAGAAUAACUAUCUCGAAUAUUUACAUGCAGACAUCUGGUUGCAUACGAGCUCUUUAGCUGCUUAGAAUCUUAGUAAUCAAUUUGAUAGUACAAUAGUAAACGGUACUUUAGAUUUCACUUUUAAACGUGGAAAUCGAUUGCGAUUCUAAAAAGGGAGACUUUUUCAAAUCUGUCGCAAUGAUAGGCGCUGAGAACUCUGGUAAAAGCCGUGGUCCACAAAUUCUGAAGUAAACAUCAUUAUCAUUUAGGUAACUAAUUUUGGGCCACGUGCGGGAAGACGCUAAAUGUUUGGGCUCAUAAUUCUAAUUCAAAAGAGAAACCCUUAGUAACAAAAGAUCGACCCCAAAAUGUUUUCGACGCAACAGAAAUUCUAUAAUUAUUAUCUUAUUGAUUUCCUAUCGUACUCGUUUAUCUGUAGCACAUCUCAAACCAAAGAAUUCUGACUGCUCAGAGACCAGCAACACAUAUAUUCUCCUUUUAUAUAAGAAUUCGUUUUACCUUUCUUAUUUAACAGAACGUUACAUGAAAAAAUUGAUUUGUGGCCUUUAAAUAAUUUAAUCGGCGAGUUUAACUGACAUUGUUUACAAUGUACGCAUUGAAUGUAAAAAAAUUGAUUUCGAGUUAAUUGAUUAAUAUUCCCCGAUUCAACCUACAUACUUUUUUAUGAAAUUGCUUUUUUAGAGGUUGCGUCGUCUCAAGCGAGCUCGUUGUGAUUACAUAUUUACAUAACCCUUAUUAAAUCGUAAAUAAAUAUUUGUUUCUUCUAAAUCAAACACAUACUAAAAUGUUGAAUGUCGGUUAGGAUUGGUGUAAUGGGCAUUAGUAAAAGUUUCAUUUUGUGUAGUCAUGAAACCAAUAAAUAAGCGCUGCAUGAAAUAUUGAUAAACUAGGCUUUAUGAAUACCCGAAAUACGAUAAAAUGUUAUUACCUCAGCAUCAAUACGGCCGUUUUGGACUAGAAACCAAAUCAUACCUAAGAAGAUGAUUGAUUUGUCCUAAAUCCUUUUUUUGCACGAGGUUGUAUGUGUAGGGAAAUUGCACGCAGUCUUUAAAAAAAAAGGCGAAAGUUAGUAAUUUGUAAGUUUCCCCCAAUUUACUCAAGUUUGAAAUUUAAAUUCCACUUCGUGUUUCAUGGUUUAUACAUGACCCACUAUAACUAAAUUUUUCAGCUUUUAUUGGUUAAGGUAAAAUUAAUACGGUUCAAGUACCAACGUAUAAACAUUUAGUGGCAGUAAAAAUAUAUAAGUUGUUUAAGUCAUAUCUUUAGGUAUACCUGCAGAGAUCGGUGAUCCACCCUCACGUUCUUGUACGCAAAUUUGAAACUUUUCCGCGUUGAGCGAAAAUUGCUGUCGAGAAUGCGAUUACGUGUUUGAAGAAAUUUAGAAAUGAAAGAAUUUCUUAGCCGCUUCUAUAAAUUACUAAUCGAGGUGACGGUUUUCGAUUUCACCCCUGCCAUCAUAUUUGGUCAUCGGGCGAACGCCCCUGCACAAAAAAUGGAACAAACCUAUAUUUUUCCAAAUCCACAUUUCAGUAAAUUUACGACUCACAUAUAAAAGCGCGAAUAUCCCUGCGCAGAAGACGCCGUCAUACUCUCGCUGAACUUAAUGAAAUAGGCCGGUUCUCCCAAUUAUGAAAUCGAAGGGUCUGUUUUAUAUCGCUAUCCUUAAAAACUUAUAAAGCGCCACAUAUAUUUCGCUAUACGUGAAGCUUUCUACUUUAGUAUGUAGGAAAAUAUAUCCCAUAAUUUCUUUGUGUCAUCUGUAAGAUAUAAAAAAAAUGUAUUCUCGCGAAAAAGGUUUUUUGUCGGUAGGUUGUAAUCUAAUUUACACAACACGCAUGGGGAUUCUUUCUCUCUCCUUUAUCUAUUUUACAAAUAUAUCCUUUUCUGCCUUAAUUCCUUAGGAUUCUACCAAUUUUCUGUAUGUUUUCUCAUCUUCUGUUUUUAUUUAGUUUUCAGACUUCUUUUCAUGUAAUAUUGGUUUUGCCAAUUGUACAUAAAGCAGGGGCAGUGGAUUUCGAUCAGUAUCACAUAAAGAGUAAGAUAAAUUCGUUUUUUAGGAAGAACCCCUUUUUAAAGUAGCGCAUAACAGCUGGCCAAAUUCACUUUGCAUUUUCAUAAAAUUCCCCGGUAUUUACCAAAAAAAUAAAUAAGGGAACAUUGUAAGCCUACAUCAUAAAAACUAGUAAUUUCUGUUACACGAUUUAAUCGAAUUUAAUAAAUCUGACAAUAAUGUGAUUUUCUGACAUGUUUUUCUUUAAUCUUCGAUGCUAUUGUACUUUCUCUCGACAGCUGCAGUUCUGUGACAUCAAAAUACGUAAUUAUUGUAAAAUGAGGGAGAAUUUUACGUAAAAGGGGAAAAUUUUGUUACAAAAGGGGUAGUGUGAUGACAAACAUUCGUUCAUGACAGGUUUCUGUCGACCUUUUUCAGUUUUGUGUAAAUCCCUGCACGCGACCUUUACCGGACGAAUAGGAACAAGUCAACCCUCCACUUUAAUUUUAUGAAAAGAUAAUUUUGGUGACAUCGAAAUUUCAUAAAUGUAAAAA